CGUUGCUUCUCGGAGCUCAGGCAUUUGGCACCCGAAGGAGAGGCUUUGUGCGUAAAGCAAGGAUGCGCCGCUGGGAUUUGGAAAGAACGUUUUGAGCGUCAAAGGCAACUGAGCUCAACAGCAAGUUAACUUUGCUGUGCUUCUGGAUCCUUUAUCCGAAGCAACAUGGGGACUACCGAGGCCACGCUGCGCAUGGAAAACGUGGAUGUGAAAGAGGAAUGGCAGGAUGAAGACUUCCCCAGACCUCUCCCAGAAGUGGCAGGGAUGGAGUCAUUGGGAAGCCCAGCUGAAGAUGCCCUUUCUCCUCCAAACACGUUAAAUUUUAGUAAUGGGGCUCAUCACAAGCGGAAGACACUCGUCGCCCCAGAAAUCAACAUUUCCCUGGACCAGAGCGAAGGCUCUCUCCUGUCAGACGAUUUCCUGGACACCCCGGACGACCUGGACAUCAAUGUCGAUGACAUCGAGACCCCCGACGAGACCGAUUCUCUUGAGUUUCUUGGGAACGGAAACGAACUGGAAUGGGAGGACGACACUCCUGUGGCCACAGCCAAGAACAUGCCGGGAGACAGCGCGGACUUAUUUGGAGAUGGAGCCGUAGAAGGGGGCAGCGCCACAAACGGCCGCCUGUGGAGAACGGUCAUCAUUGGGGAGCAGGAACACCGAAUUGACCUGCAGAUGAUCAAGCCGUACAUGAAAGUGGUUACGCACGGAGGUUAUUACGGAGAAGGACUGAACGCCAUCAUCGUCUUUGCUGCCUGCUACCUGCCGGACAGCAGCCUGCCGGAUUAUCAUUACAUCAUGGAGAACCUUUUCCUGUAUGUGAUAAGCAGCUUGGAGUUGCUAGUGGCAGAGGAUUAUAUGAUUGUGUACAUGAACGGUGCCACGCCACGCCGGAGAAUGCCAGGGAUCGGCUGGUUGAAAAAAUGCUACCAGAUGAUUGACAGAAGGUUGCGGAAAAACCUGAAAGCGCUGAUAAUCGUUCACCCGUCGUGGUUCAUUCGAACGGUCCUGGCUAUAUCGAGGCCGUUCAUCAGUGUGAAAUUCAUCAAUAAAAUCCAGUACGUUCACACCUUGGAGGAACUAUCGCAGAGCAUCCCCAUGGAACAUGUCCAGAUUCCGGACUGUAUCCUACAGUUUGAAGAAGAGCGGAACAGAGCGAGAAAAGAAAGGGCAGAAGAGAAACAGGACACAACUGUGAGAGAGAGGCCUACAUUGCCAGCAGAGGAUCAGGAAACAAGCAUGUCCUGAAUCAAGGCGAGAACACAGACAUACAGAACGAUCCAGAACGAUGCAUUACCCAUUGUAAAAUGACCUUCCUGGUGUUAAGCCCGCACGACCAUCCUCAAUUCCAUCCAACCAAGGAAUGAGCCUUUCUGUCUUUGCCUAAAAGGUAUUCCAUUGCACACAAGAACAAACAGCACUUUCCAACAAAGGCUCUGAGUGGCAAACCCCUUGCUGAGACAUGCAAGCACCUUCCAUCUUUAAAAAGCAACAACGUCGGGAUAUUACAAAAUCCAGCCUAAAAUGGAGAAUUCCGGUUUAUACAUCGAAAGCCUCUUCCGUUGGGUUGCUGCAGGUCAGCACAGCGACAUCGGGAUGGAAAAGCACACAUCCAUUCUUAAUUUCUUGCCGGACGCAUCUGAAAGGAAAUUGUUGCUCUGUGCAUUCAUUGGGCCAGGAAGAACUGCGGAAGCAAACUUUCGUCCCCUUCUGAAUGAAGUUUCUGCAUGCCUGUUCCAGUACAGAUACAGAGCACCUACCCGGGUUUUUUUGCCUCAUCCGUUUCCCAAAUGCACCCCUGGCGCUAUUUUUUUUUACCACUUGAGCUCAUGGUGAAUUCUCACUCGGGAAAUGAUGUACAGAUCGCUUUUAUUUUUCGCGUCCUCUCUCCUGAAUGGUUCUGUCCCUGAAUCUUGGGUACCAAAUAUCGCAAGUGUUGUAACAAUGCCCAUUCAUACACUAGUCAGUGUAAAGAUGCAAAUAUACUCACAGGGCGGUGGGAUUUGCACAGUUUUAGUCAGUUUCAGAACACUGGACAAUCACCUCCCCCCGAAUUCUGCCUCCAAACAUCUGAGGCAAGAUGCAAGCACAUGAAAACACAGUCCACGUCUCCUCAAGCAAGGAGAACUUGAGUCAGAUGGUCAGAUUAGAAAGUGCACACAUUUAGAACAGGAAAAUGAGUACGCAACAUGACUUAAAAACACUUUUUCUAAAGCCACAUAUGUAUACCCAUCUUCCGCCCUAAUGAACAUGGGAGUGGCUCGCAUUUUAUCCUAGAAAAACAACAACAAAACCCUGCAAGACAUUUAGGUUAGGUUGAAAGAUCACAGCUGAAUAGAAAUUUGAACCCAGGUCUCUGUGGUUAGAAUCACACGAUCCUGACAUUGCAGGACAGGAAGGCAAUUCACUCACACAAAAUCCUGGGAUCAGGAGAAAAGGCAAUGCUUGCGCGCCCAUGCGCACACUUAGAUUUAAUCUAUGCACUUAAAAUGUGACCCAGUCAUUUCGAUCCAAGAAGAACAGAAAACCUUGAAGUCCACAUUCAGAUAGUUGCUGUUUUGGUUGUCCAUACAGUUCCACACCAGAGGGCAGCAGUGGCAAAAUUACAUGUGCAAGCUUGAUUUUCCGGGGAGUCUUCCAAAUGCCAGCCUAACAGAAGGCUUCCUUUGCUUUCGUGUGUCUGCAGAGGAGCGUGGAACAGUUGGCUUGCCUCUUUUUCUUCUCAUUGAUACGUAACACCUAACCCUGAACAAGUAGGUAGGAGAGCUUGCGACGUAAUGGGGGUCAAUCUUCAACAAUGGCUUUAAAGGACCGGUCUGUUUCGUUUGCGAAAGAAAGGAAUCUAGCCCUAUCUGCGGAAGCUUUGGGAAUGUCUUAUUUGCAUAGCAGAAUGCGUGAGUUCCUGAACACUUCAAUCAUACCUCUCUACUGACAAUGGAAGUAGAACCCAUACCCCAUAGAGCCCUAUGGGGUCACCUUACGAGCAGAUGUGUUCACAACUGCAAAUGAUCAAACAUCUGGGAAAUGUAUGGUUCGCAAUCAUUUCUAAAAAACUUCUCUCUCUCUUUCGUGGACGGAACAUUUAUAAAAGCAAAAAGAGCUGCAAAGACAUCUAUCAGUUUGGAUACGAAAUAGUCUCAACUGGAUUUUUUGAAAGUGCAUUUUAAGCUGGGAGGGAGGGGUAGAAAACAUGACAGCUGACACGUGUAUAUCAGGAUACGCUGGGAAGUGCAUUGAGGAGUGUUUACAUGCUCUUCCACCAUUCUACAAAGAGAAACGUGGGACGUAUUGGCAGUCUCCAAAGAGACUCGUUCAGGACCACAGAUUUGCACAACCUUCUCUGGAAACAAAUGGGGUGACAAUUCCUUGCGAUAUCUUUGCCGGUUUCUCUAUGCUUGGUUUUAAAAGGGUGUGUUUGCCUUGUAAUCAUGGACACGAGAGGGAAGAAUAUGGGCUGCUUGGUUUUGAAGCAGGGAUGGGUAAUUUGUGGCACUGCAGAUGCUGUGAUUACAUACCCCAUCAUCCUUGACCAUUGCCCAAGCUGGCUAAAGCUGUUGUGACUUGCAGUCUGACAUCAUCUGGAGGGUCAGGUGUUCCCCUAUCCCUGGAUUACUGCUAAAGAGGAGGAAAUGUGUCCCCACCCACAAACUGAAAUGAGAGAGGUUUGGGUAAAUCGCCUUAAUCACAUCUACUAUCAUAGUCUGUAAUGGGUAAACUUACUGAACCAAACCUAUAUCUGAAAUCUCUACGGAUGAUCUAUCAGUGGCUUUUACAGGUUUUAUUUCUCCAUCGGCUUCACUAUGAAUGAACAAGCUUGCUUGUGCCCAAAGAGAAAAUUCUGCCUGCUUUUCUCCUCCUGCGACCAACUGUUGAUGUUCCGUGGUUUCUCUUGCUCCCAAAAAAGACCUAAGUUCUAACCAAAGUUCGGUCUUGGUUUAGCACUCAUGUUUUAUUUGGGGGACUCAGAUUUAACAUGGCAUCAGGACCUGAGGAGGAGCAGAGCGGGCGUGAUUUCUGUCUGGGCACCAGGGCCAAAUUUUGGGUUGCUGUUGCGUGUGAAACAGGCCACAGGCCACAUUUGCACAUGACUAAAGCCAUGCUAAACCAUGGUUUGGCCAGCUAAACCAUGGUUUCGUCAACAAACGACAAGCCGUCUCACAGGAAAGCAGAGAAACAUGGCUUGUUUCUCC